GUGUGUGUGUGUGUGUGUGUGUGUGUGUAGUCGGCCAGUCAGUCAGUCAGUCAGUUUCCUCGGGUCCAGGCAGGCGGGGAAGUUUGGAAGAAUGGGAAAACUGGUCCAAGGGAGACGAUUAAGUCAAGUAAUAACUGUCAUGAGAAUUGGACAUGGUAAGCAGUGAUGCAUCAAGCAGCCUGACCUCCAGCAAGCCAGCCCCACCCACCAGUUUCAUAAUAGUGUCAUGUCACCCACAUUGUAAAGGUUGUGUGGUGUUCAUGUCUACUGUUGCUUCCCUGUAUGCUCCCCUCCCAUCCCACCUGAGGCUCUUAUGGUGUCCCUACCCAGUGUUCCUGGAGUCUGCCACCACCACCACUCAGGACAUUGUCAGAGUGGUGGCACUGGCAGUGAUGGCAACAUGGUAACACUACCACUGGCUCUCUCUGUCCUGGCUGGUUACCCUUCUGUCCCCUGUCAUCGGCUGACUCGGCAGUGGGUGUGGGAAAGGUGUGAGUGAGACCAGUAACAGUUGUGUGGAGGCUGUGGUGUGCAGUAGGGCUUGUAGACAUAUUCUAUCCCCAUGUCGGACCUUUUUGUCUCCUCCUUGGACCUCCUCCCCCCACUGGCACCAUGCCGUAACCCCCCACCUCCACCCACGGAUGAGGACCCUGGGUGGCCGCCCCCAACCCCCCCACUGGUGUACCAGGUCCUGGAGGCACAGUUGUCCAUGUACGUUACAGCGGCUGUGUUACUCUAUACCAUCUUUCUUGUGCUCCUUAACUCUGAGUGUCCACGUAUUGUCGAGAAGAACCCAAGAAAGUUCAAGAUCGACGGCGGUGAACUGUCUUCAAGGAGGACAUUCAUCGAGAACACCAAAGAGGAGGUGAAGUCUAUGAAAGAGAGACUCAACCUGACCAAGAAGGACAGAGACGUGACCGCCAGACAGGUACCAGAUAAGGACACGCCAGUGGAUGACAGCAGCCCCCUCAAGAUGCCUCAGGUAGUGACACACGGCGCCACGCGCUACAGCAGGCUGGUUAAUGAGGCAGACAGUCCCAACAGUGAGUUUGUGGAGAGAACAAUGGCCCAGCAGCAGAUGAUCAUGUCGCAGCAGGAUGAGCACCUGGAUCAGAUAGCAUCAUCAAUGGGCACCCUCAAAAACAUGUCCCGUCAGAUUGGACAAGAGGUGGAUGAACAGGCUGUGAUGCUGGAUGAUUUUGGCCAUGAGAUGGAGAACACUCAGAGCAAGAUGGAAAACACACUCAGUAAAGUGGCUAAGGUCAUGCAUCUAUCCAGUGACCGGCGACAGUGGGCAGCCAUUGGAGCAUUAUCUGGAGUGUUAGCUGUAAUUGUCAUCCUUUUUAUUGUACUCUGAGUGAAGAAGUGCUGUAUAAACGUGCUAGUAAUGAGUUAUUCUUAUAGAGAGUUUUAAGGGUGGGAUUCCAGAGGGUGUAUACAAUCCUUUAAUUUAUUUUCAUGUGUAGUGGAGCUCAUUUCAUUGACUUUGGAGAUCUAUGUGGAAGAAAUCACUUAUCAAUGAUCUCUCCACAUAGAUGAAUGUAAAAGAACCUUCAUUAUCCUUAGUCUUCCUGUACUUUUAUUAUAUACCCUUUUUCAACUGCUGAUUCAUCAUGUAGAGCAUUUAAACUAAGUUUGUCUUCACGACAUUAUCAUCUCAAUUGAGACUAAUUAUCUCCUGUUAACAACAUUAGCAAACCUCCACCCAUUAACUUUAGGAUAAAAAUAUAUCAAAGAAAUGGCUGAGAACAAAUAUUAAGCUCUGUUCAUUCUCACGAGGCAAUAAAGUAGGCAUGCUGUAGUUGCACACAAACUAGUGGAUGAAUGCAGGAUAAAAAAGAUGACACUGGCACAUAUAUUCAAUCCUCCUCCUUGAUGCUUUAUUAUAACCCUACUUGUUAGUGGACCAUCUUUUGUCCAACACAUUUUUUAGUUCCUAGGGGUUAUAAUAUCAAUCAAGAGGGCUGGAUAUUGGCAGGAUCAAGUUGUUUUAUAAAUUCUCAGCUAAAAGUAUUAUUUUGUCUUUAUGAAUUACACUUUGGUGAUGCCUCUCUUACACCUCUUAAGAGAAUUAACAGAGAAUAAUGACCAAAUCUGAUUUUAUUAUUAUUAACUAAGUGCAUAUUUUGGCUCAUGUACAAAUCGUUUGGCUCCAUCUCUAAGAAAGCCAUCGUUAUUAUAUAUUCCCGUUCACAGGGAAGCAUCGUUUGAUAAAAAUAUUGGAAUUAGCUUACACAAGUUAUGAUUAGCAAUGUGAUUUAUGAGUAUUACUAAGGAGAAAUAUCUAUUUUCUUUUACUUCAGCUAUUGUCAAAUGGGAUUUGUGAUAAUCUGCCAAACUGGUCCUCUUUUUCAAUGCCAUUAAUUUUGCUCUUCAUAGCUACAGCUGUACUUACCAUCAACUUCCUUGAGACUAAUUCUUAAAGAUGCAAGGCUAGCAUCAUCCACAAAUUGACGACCUUUGCCUGGAGCAGAUACCUAGCACCAAGUAUGCUGAUGCUGUGGCAUUGAUUAGGCUGUGGAUAACAGAAGGAAAGGGGCAGUCAUGUUGUCAUGUGAAGAUAUGGUGCUCUGGAAAGCUUUUAACUACUUCAUCCUGCACAUCACUAUAGUAUCUCUUAAUAAGAUGUGCUGAUUCACAACUACAACCUCUUUAAAUUCUGUAUCAUUAAUAAAUUUUAAUUGCAUCUUCAGUUUACUUUUUAUACAUUUCAUAUACAAAUUAAAGGUUUUCCUUAACAUUAAAAGUUUAAGAUACAAAAUUACAUCCACAAACAGUUAGUUAGAAGCUAUGUGGUGCUGCAAUAUAUUUAUCUUUGUUUUUAAGAGUUCUUUACAAAGUACAUUGUAAAAUUGGGUGUGUAGAAAUAUGGAGUAACUCAUUUCUAUAUGUCACUGACUGGUGCAAGUUUACAUAUUGAUCAUUUCUAGGUGUGAAAUAAAUUUCAAAAUGUAGAAAAUACUGAUCUUAUUCAAAGUAAUGUGAAAGAGCUUGACAAACUUUCUACAUCAAUGAUUAGGAGUGCAGUGAAUGCUCAAAGGUGAAGACAUGGAGAAUAAAUUUGUUUAAAUCCUUCAAAAUCUGAUCUGCCCACAUUCAAUUUGGUUCCCUCAUUUCUGCCUGUAAUACCUUAUUGGCACAGCUUUGCUACAUCUGAACUACCUAAGAACAGCAUCUACUUACUAUAUACAUUAGGCCAAAACUCUCCUUAAAGGUAGACAACUGACAUGACACUACUAUAUUUUGCCUAAUAGUAGGAAUAAAAUCAGAAGUCCUUUUGCUUCAUUGUCAGUUGUCAUUUAUAAACAUCAAUUUGUCAAUAUGAAAUUAUAAAUAAUUCUUGCAACUAAAUGAAGUAAGCACAUAUCACUUUAACAUCAUUAAUUAAACAAAGACAAUAUGUGACUCACCUGUUGCUGUUUAAUUCCACAAUGUCUAGCCAAUGGUCAGUGUGCUGCCACCAGGAGGCUUUUGUCAACAGCACAUCAUGCACUCUGGGUAGUCAUUAAAAUGCAGUCUGUCAGAAUCAAAUAAUCAAUAUUAAUCAUACUAUGGAACUAAGUGGAAGGAGAAGGAUGUGUUCAGAUCACCUGUAAACAUGGUUCAGGUCUAGAUGAAGCAAGUCUGGAUAUUCAUGAAAUUCAAAUCUCUGAAGUCUGUAUCUUUGAGCUUGAAUUGUACAUUUCUGUUGAUUAAUAAUUACUGUUGUUUUUUACUAUUUGGGCUUUUUCAGAUUGUUUUUACAUAAUCCAGUAGGCUUUAGUGCAAUAACAUUGUGUUGGCGGUUUAAGUUGAAGUGAUGUAAGCAGGAUGUAUUAUUAUCAGUAAAUUCAAUCACAUUGGGAAACACUAACAUAUAUGUAUCACCUAAGGACCUACAUUUAUUGUUAUUUUGUCUGAUGCAUAUAUAAAUUCCCUCUCCUAUACAUUAAAUGUGCUGAAUAUAUUUAGAUGGAGCACUGUAGAAAGGCCUGUAAAGUAUCUGCUUUAUUUUGUAAUCAUGACCUACGUGUUUUUAUGAAACUGUUUUUAAUGACACCGCUCCCUAUUGCUGGAGGAUAAAAAGGUGUCAGAAUUGUACUCUGGGGAUUAGACUGUAUGCCUGUCCUCAGCUGCAAGGUGCCAGUAUCCUGAGGAGCUAAACAUGACCUCAAAGUCACCAUUCCAAUCUGUAUCUUUUGAUGAAAUGACAUGUAUAAAUCUAUCUUGGCAGCUUCUGUUAAACUUGUUUUAUGUUUUAAAAUAAUAUAAAGUCGUAUAAAUAGA